CUUCCCCUCCUUCUCUAUAAUACACCACAACCUCACCACUCCGGACGACAGGCCACAGUCGUCGCAUUCAUUCGCCAAAGUGUCGCUCCCUGUAGCUUCACGACUCAUCCUCUUCUCUUCUCACAUCGCAGCAGGUUCUGCAUUCUUCGCGCACACGAGCUCUCUUCGGGCAGCGCCUAGAGUCACUGCACUCCACAUCAGUGAUCAGAUCCGAACAUACGCGAGCAAAAAGAAGAAAAUGCCACCAAAGAAGGAAGUGAAGCAGGAGAAGGUCCUACUGGGACGACCGGGCAACAGUCUCAAGAGUGGGAUCGUUGGCCUUGCAAACGUAGGCAAGUCGACAUUCUUCCAGGCAAUCACCAAGUGCCCUCUCGGUAACCCUGCCAACUUCCCGUAUGCCACCAUUGACCCAGAAGAGGCGCGAGUCAUCGUGCCUGACGAGCGCUACGACUGGCUUUGCGAUCACUACAAACCCAAGUCGCGAGUCCCUGCCGACUUAACUGUAUACGAUAUUGCCGGACUUACUCGUGGAGCGUCUACCGGUGCUGGUCUCGGCAACGCCUUCUUGUCGCACAUUCGAGCCGUCGAUGCCUGCUUUCAAGUGGUGCGAUGCUUCGAUGAUGCCGAGAUUAUUCACGUUGAGGGCGAUGUCGACCCGAUCCGUGACCUCGAGAUCAUUGCUGAGGAACUCCGAAUUAAAGAUAUCGAGUUCGUCGAAAAGUCGUACGAGAACAUUCAAAAGCAGACGCGCCGCGGUGGUCAAUCACUCGAGAUGAAGAAACUCAAGGAAGAGCAAGCGUGUAUCGAGAAGGUGCUGGAGCAUCUGAAGGCAGGCAAAGACGUCCGCAAGGGCGACUGGUCACCAAAAGAGGUCGAGUUCAUCAAUCCGCUGUUUCUGUUGACGGCGAAGCCCGUGGUGUUCCUGGUCAACCUCAGCGAGAAGGACUACAUUCGCCAGAAGAACAAGCACCUGCCUAAGAUUGCGGAGUGGGUCAAGGAGCACGCCACUGGGGAUCCGAUCAUCCCGAUCUCGGUGUCGUUUGAGGAGCGCUUGUCCAGAUUCGAGACCCAAGCAGAGUCAGACGAGGAGGCAAAGAAGCUAGGUACCAGAUCGGCUCUGCCCAAGAUCAUCACAACGAUGCGGAAGGCCCUCGAUCUGGGCUCCUUCUUCACCACUGGCACAGACGAAGUCCGACAAUGGACGAUACGGAAUGGCACCAAGGCACCCAGAGCGGCAGGUGUGAUUCACGGCGACUUUGAGAAGACCUUCAUUCAAGCGGUUGUGUACAACUUCAACACGCUCAAGGAGCUCAAAGACGAAGCAACGGUCAAGGCACAGGGUAAGGUGAUGACCAAAGGCAAGGAUUACGUCGUGGAGGAUGGAGAUAUCCUCUUAAUUAAGGCAGGAGCUGCCAAAGCGUAGUUAAUGUCUGGACUCCAGCUAUCUCUCGACUGGUCACCGGGCGCGGUAGAGAGCGACGGGCCCUUUAAGUGCCGUGUCCAUAGCCGCGACCCUCUGAGAGUGUUGAUGAAGAAGGAUUGCGGUCCAUAUAUGAAAGCGAUUGAACUCG